AUGAGAAGAAACUCAAGUUGCACAUAUCUAAACUUCCCGUUUCCCGUGAGUUUAUUGCACGGUGGCCCACCGACGACUGGAGCCAAAACGAAGUUCCCUUCAGAAGUUGAGCUUGAAUGGGCCUCUGCUGCGAUUGGUCGGUCCCGUGUGACGUCAUCGCGAAAAUCAUGUGGCCUCAAGAUGGGUGUGUGCGUGAGGCUGAGCCAUGAAUGGGCGCCGGGACCGCGCCCGCGCCGUGCCCCCUGA